GUUGCUGUAUGCAUAUGACAGAACUUCAUGAAAAAACAGCUUCCCUCUUUCCCCUGUGUAAUCAGUUUCAAGUAUGAACAAAAUGUGAUCAGCUGGGAAUUUAAGCAAAUGAGAAGACACCUUGGAUCCUAAUGCAUGAGACCAACACAAAACACUGGCACCGGAGCUGUAAGCCUCAGUAAGAAAGGAUGUUGGACCAAAGAAAACCAAACACAAUGACUAAGCAGAUCUGGCGAGUAUGGAUCUUCUACAUGGUCAUAACUGCAAAUUGCUCUGAAGAAAAAGCCACAACGCAGGUGUGUCCUUCAUGUGACGGCACUCAUUUCUGUGACUGUUCUUCAAUGAAUUUAAGCACCAUUCCUUCAGGGCUAACAACUGAUGUCACGGGGCUAAAUCUGUCCUACAACAGCAUAGAACAUGUCAGAGAAACUGAUCUGAAGCUGGGUGUGAAUCUGAGAGUGCUGCUGCUGCAAUCCAAUCAGAUUAGGACAAUAUAUAAGGAUUCAUUUAUUUUUCUUGGAAAAUUGGAGCAUUUGGAUUUAUCAAAUAACAAGUUGACUCACUUGUCACCCAUUUGGUUUGGACAUCUUUUUUCCUUACAGCACCUAAACAUAUGGGGUAAUUUAUAUACAACACUGGGGGAAAAUCCCUUGUUUUCUAAUCUCAGAAAUUUGAGAUCUCUGCACCUGGGGAAUAACAAUUCCUUUUCUGCUAUACGGAAGCAAGACUUUGAUGGAAUUACAGUUCUUGAGCAACUUGAGAUUGACGGUCAAAGGCUCAGGCAAUACGAGUCAGGGAGUUUGACAACAGUUAACAGCAUAAAUCAUAUCAUCAUGAACAUAAAUGAUGUUCAGGUGUUAUCAGGGAUGUUAGAGGAUCUUAUAAAUUCUGCAAUAUGUGUAGAACUGAGACAUAUAGCCUUCAAUACAGCUUCUGAAUCUUCAUUACUGGAGCCAAUGAGUCGUUCUGUCAUGGAGAAACUUGUGUUUAAAAAUGUUGUGUUUACAGAUGCAAGUGUUAUCAGAGUGGUAAACAUCUUGAGGCGUGCUAAACAAUUUUUGGAGCUGGAAGUGGAUGAUUCUGUACUACGGGGGACUGGCCAAUGGCAUGAGCAAAUUGAAGUAAACGGAGAAAGUGCCUUUAAGGUAAUCACAGUACAGAGAUUAGCUAUCGAACAGUUUUAUUUGUUUUCAGAUCUUCGUGGUGUGGAAAAUCUUCUAGGUAACAUUACCAAAACCACAAUUGUAAAUACCAAUGUGUUCUUAGUGCCUUGCAGCAUUUCAAAAAAUUUUUUCUCACUCCUUUAUCUUGAUCUCAGUGAAAAUUUGCUUGCAGAUCCAAAUUUGGAACAUUCAUCCUGUGACGGUGCAUGGCCCUUGCUGCAAACUUUAAAUUUAAGUCAAAAUGCAUUGGGUGAUUUAGAAAUGACAGGGCGAAGCCUAUCUCAUCUAAAACACCUUACUCACCUAGAUAUUAGCCGAAACAAUUUUGGUGAGAUUCCAGAAUCGUGUCAAUGGCCAGAAAACCUGAAAUAUUUAAAUAUCUCAGGCACUCAAAUACCCAAAGUAACAACCUGCAUUCCUCAAACUCUUGAAGUUUUGGAUGUUAGUAGUAAUAAUCUCAAUGAUUUUAGAUUACAGCUACCAUGUCUUAAAGAACUCUACAUUGCAAAAAACAAAUUAAAGACCUUGCCAGAUGCUCCAUUUAUUCCUAACUUAGUAGCCCUGAGAAUCAGCAGAAACAAAUUAACCAGUUUUUCUAAGGAAGAGUUUGGAUCAUUUAGGAAAAUGGAGACACUGGAUGCAGGUGACAAUAAUUUCAUCUGUUCUUGUGAAUUUCUCUCUUUCAUUCAAUACCAGGAGGGAAUAGCUAAUGUCUUGGCUAACUGGCCAGAAAACUACAUCUGUGACUCUCCAUCUUCUAUGAGAGGGCAGCAGGUAAAAGCUGCUCGGCUUUCACUGUUUGAAUGUCACAGAACUUUGCCUGUGUCCUUAAUUUGCAUUCUGGUGGUCUUCGUAAUCCUGCUUAUUGUGAUUCUGGGCUACAAACUUCAUGUGAUCUGGUACAUGAAAAUGAUCUGGGCUUGGCUUCAAGCAAAAAGGAAACCCAAGAAAUCAUACAAUCAGGACUUCUGCUAUGAUGCUUUUGUUUCCUACAGUGAAAGAGACUCAGAAUGGGUUGAAAACUUAAUGGUACAGGAACUUGAGAAUGCUAUCCCCCCAUUUAAACUGUGCCUUCAUAAACGGGACUUUGUGCCUGGGAAGUGGAUCAUUGACAACAUCAUUGACUCAAUUGAAAAAAGUCAUAAAACUCUGUUUGUGCUGUCAGAGCACUUUGUGCAGAGCGAGUGGUGUAAGUAUGAGCUGGAGUUCUCGCACUUCCGUCUCUUUGAUGAGAAUAAUGAUUCAGCAAUUUUGAUCCUUUUGGAGCCCAUUCAGGAGCAAACAAUUCCCAAAAGAUUCUGUAAACUGAGGAAAAUAAUGAACACAAAGACCUACCUUGAAUGGCCUCUUGACGAAAAUCAGCAGCAAAUAUUUUGGAAUAACUUGAAAACAGCAUUAAAAUCCUAUGAUGUCUUUUAAGGCUGAACCACUAACUCAGCCACACUACGUUUUCAAGUAGGACAUUUGCUAAGCCUUUUUCCUGUUAAGAAAUAUUUUGUUAUGCUGACUUUUAUGUCAGUGUUGUGGAGGCUUGACUUGAUUGCACACUAAACUAAUUAUAGCUUUGUUAAAUGAAGGAUACCAGCUGAGAACAUCCAACUGUUUUAGACAUUCUUUGGUCUUCUGACCUUUUUGUUAAUAAGUACCCAAGCAUCCCUGUCUGUAAAAAUGCUUUUGGGAAGAGAUUCUACUGAAUCUGGUAUGCUUUUGUAGUCUCUUUUUAACCAUUCCAAAACAAAUGCAGUUAGAGCGCUUUCUCUCUUGUAAAAAAAGAGAGCCAACAUGCUGCAACAUACCACAGGAUCCAUUGAUUACAUAGUCUUGUUUGUUUUAGAUACCAUCACACUAUUUAGAGUCAUUCAACAAAAAUGCAGUGGAAAAGUAGAAAUUGCCCAGUUGGAUAAAAAUAAGAUCUCCUGAAGCCAGAUCUUUCCCCAGGUAAUACCUUAAUAAAAAGAGAAUAGACUAAAUAUGUAACUCCAGGGGAAUCAGUGGAUUUACAGCAGGACUGUUUGUGGCCCAGCAAUUUAAGAAUGAACUAACUUGACAAAUAUGUCAGAUACUUGGUGUGAAGACUUAGAGAUGUGUCCAAUCUCAAAAGUCACAGGAUUGCUAUGUGUACAUUUUAAUGGUCUAUGUACUUUAUUAUUUCUAUGUGUUUAUUAUUUAUGUUGUUGUAGGCACUAUAAAAACACUGAAGUCACAA